AUGGUUGCUGAUGGUGCAGCCAACAUGAAACGAGCGGCAGCUGAUCUCAAUGUCAAAUAUUUCCAAUGUGGCGCGCAUUUGAUUAACUUGGCUGUGCGUAAGGCGCUCACCUGUGAGCAUGUUUCACCCUUGGUUCAAAAAUGCAAAACUAUUGUUGCAAAGUUGGAUCGCAGUAGUGUUCUGCGAGGACUUUUUGAGAGCUAUCUCGAAGAGUUAAGUCUUUCAAAAAUAACUCCCACGAGCGACUGCCUCACACGUUGGGGGUCUACCUACGCAAUGAUUUGCGAUGUCCUUGCCACGAGGGGAGCGUUGGAUAAAUUGAUGAAAAAUCAGUCCACUGAUCCUUUUGAUGAUGAAGAAUUGAAAACUCUGAAAACAGUGAGAACUUUCCUUGAGCCUUAUUACGAACUUGCUAAGAAGAUGUGCGCAGCUGAAGCUACGUGUUCGCUACUGCUUGCUGGAGGAAAACUUCUGUUGGCUAAAACGGAAAGCACUUGUAACGAGCCUCGCACCAGAUUGAAGCAGUUCGGAAGCAUACUGCUUAUGGAAACACGACGUCAGUUCGCUCCAUCGUUCGCUAAUGAAACAUUGCGCAUUGCUGCACUUCUUGACCCGCGCUUCGCAUACCUCGAAAGGAUAGCAUCUACAGAUGAGUGGAAAACAAUAGUCGAGAAACUCAUCGAAUCUAAGAUGGGUCACUCUUCAAGUAGUCAGGAAUCCCUUGAUAUUCCCACUUCUACAGCCAGGGACAAAGUAUCGUCUUUCUGGGAUCCCAUAGCAGACGCUGAGCCUGAGUCCAGCGCUAAGAGGUGCCUCUUAUCUGAUCAGGCACAGGAAUUGAUGAUUGAAGUGCAACAAUACUCAAUCCUACUAAAAAAGAGCCGACCGGAGAAAGACCUUUCUCCUUUUUUAUGGUGGAAGGAUCACGCUAAUGAAUUUCCAAUUCUUUCGAAGCAAGUGCCACACUACCUCGCCAUACCCGCAACCUUUGCUGGAAUCAUCUAUGGUAACAAAAGGAGAGGGCGUUUGUGCGGUGAGAGCGCACGAUUGCUUCUUAUGUGCAAAGCGCAUGUCAACAGGGAGAUAGGGAGGGAGAGUAAAUGCUGGAGCGCUGCAGAAGUGAGACGCUACAGGAACGUUGUCGACAGUGAAGAUGACGAUGAAGAUUCCUCAUCCGUUAAGUCUCCCGUCGAGGACACAACAACAGCAUUUGAAGACAUUGAGGAUUUGGAAGACGUUGAAGAAACCCUUUAA